UUCCGACCAAUAGGAAUGCGGCGGGGCAGGAGGGCGAGCCUGAUCCAAGGUGGCGGGGUUCGUAGCCCCAGCCCCGGCCGGGCUAUGUGGAACCCUCCGGGUGCUGCGGCAUGCGCCGCGGCGCUCGGAGGCGCCCUCUUCCUGCUGCUCUUCGCGCUGGGGAUCCACCAGCUGCUGAAGCAGAGGCGGCCGACUGGCUUUCCCCCCGGGCCGUCGGGGCUGCCAUUUAUCGGCAACAUCUACUCACUGGCCGCCUCCGGCGAGCUUCCCCACGUCUACAUGAGAAAGCAGAGCCAGAUAUACGGCGAGAUCUUCAGUUUAGAUCUCGGAGGUAUAUCAGCUGUGGUUUUAAAUGGCUAUGAUGUAGUAAAGGAAUGCCUUGUUCAUCAAAGUGAGAUUUUUGCAGACAGACCAUGCCUUCCUUUAUUCAUGAAGAUGACAAAAAUGGGAGGCUUGCUCAAUUCCAGAUACGGCCGAGGAUGGGUUGAUCACAGAAAAUUAGCUGUAAAUAGCUUCCGCUGUUUCGGAUAUGGCCAAAAGUCUUUUGAAUCUAAAAUCUUAGAAGAAACCAAAUUUUUUAUUGAUGUUGUUGAAACAUACAAAGGUAGACCUUUUGACUUUAAACAGUUAAUAACAAAUGCUGUUUCAAACAUAACCAAUCUGAUCAUUUUUGGAGAACGAUUCACUUAUGAAGACACUGAUUUUCAGCACAUGGUUGAGUUAUUUAGUGAAAAUGUGGAAUUGGCUGCCAGCGCCUCAGUCUUCCUGUAUAACGCCUUUCCAUGGAUCAGCAUCUUCCCUUUUGGAAGACAUCACCAGCUGUUUCGAAAUGCAGCUGUGGUCUAUGAUUUUCUCUCCAGACUUACUGAAAAAGCUUCCAUCAACAGAAAGCCUCAGUCACCUCAGCAUUUUGUCGAUGCUUAUUUAGAUGAGAUGGAUCAAGGUAAAAAUGACCCAUCAUGUACUUUCUCCAAAGGAAACCUCAUUUUUUCCGUGGGUGAACUCAUCAUUGCUGGAACUGAAACUACAACCAAUGUGCUACGGUGGGCAAUUCUUUUCAUGGCCCUUUAUCCUAACAUUCAAGGACAAGUUCAGAAAGAGAUCGAUUUAAUUAUGGGACCCACUGGGACACCUUCUUGGGAUGACAAAAGCAAAAUGCCUUAUACGGAGGCAGUUUUGCAUGAAGUUUUAAGAUUCUGCAAUAUCGUGCCAUUAGGGAUUUUCCAUGCAACCUCUGAAGAUGCAGUUGUACGUGGUUAUUCCAUUCCUAAAGGCACAACAGUAAUUACCAACCUUUAUUCUGUCCAUUUUGAUGAAAAGUACUGGAGAAACCCAGAAAUAUUCUCUCCUGAGCGGUUUCUGGACAGCAGUGGGUGUUUUGCCAAGAAGGAGGCUUUGGUUCCUUUUUCCCUAGGGAAAAGGCAUUGCCUUGGAGAGCAGCUGGCUCGGUUGGAGAUGUUCCUGUUUUUCACAGCAUUGCUCCAGCGGUUUCACGUGCAUUUCCCACACGGGCUGGUUCCCGAUCUGAAGCCCAGAUUAGGCAUGACAUUGCAACCCCAGCCCUACCUCAUCUGUGCAGAAAGACGCUGAAAGUGCAUGGACAUCUUGUGGGAGAAUGUUAUCUGGUUGCCUUUUAGCCCUGAACCUUGUUUAUCUAAUCAGUGUGUGUGUUUGGACAAAAAGUCACAGCAUCACAAAGCCAAACGAACACAGACAUGUCUUUGAAAAUAGUACUAAAGCAAUAAUAAGCAUUAGCUGUGGCUUUUUCCAAGCUUUUGUGACUUCUAAGGUGGAAUUAUCUGUGGAGGAAAACAAAGGUGCAAAUGACAGAUGUUGCUUAAGUAGGCCAGGCCAUGGAUGCCCUGAGCACCUGGUACCCCUUUUCGUUUCUUGACUCCAUCUUGCUCUUGUCCAGGGGGCUUUGCUUCCAAAUGCCAAUGCCAGUUCCCUUCAGAUAAGAUAUUAUCAUUAAUGGGUAGUGUGGUAGGAGUCCAGUUUAAUAGCGGACUAAAGAAAUUAGAACCUAAAUAAACGAGUGUGGAGUACAGAGAUAUUUUAGACAUAGUGGCAGUUAGUAGAGGAAAUAUCUAUGUAUUUAAGGAACUGCCAGUGCUUUCAAAACUUGCUCCCUAUUAUGACUGCAUAAGAAUUACCUUGUUCUUAUUACAAAUGAGGGUCCCUGUGCCCCGGGUAUUCACCCUACCACCAGUUCUAUAGAAGGAAAUUACGGUAAUGUAAUUAUAAUAAAAAAUGAUACUCCAAAAGUAAUUAUUCUUUAUAGGCACAGACAUUUUUCCUAGUACCAUUUUUUUUUCCUAAACCAUCACAGCUCUUAAAGAUGGAAUCAUUUUACCUUUUAAAGGUCUCCAGCCAUUUCCUUGGGUUACUGUUAUUUUUCUGAAGAG